GUUGGGAACCAUUUAUUGAGCCGUGGCCGUGCGCAAUUUCCUGGCAGAAGCAAGAAGCCAGUCGUCUCCAUCCCUCCCGACUGAAGAUCGAUCUGAAGGCAAAACAGCGUCUGGACAUCAAUGUCACCUCCGUCCUGAUAGAACUAUAUUUCAGCACUAAGGAGUCCUGGAUGGCUGAUUACUGUAAACAGGAGAAGGAGACCACCAUGGCGGCCGGGAAUGAGGAUUGGAUGGGCUCUUCUGUGGACCCCCCCUGUAUCGGACCAAGCCUUCCUCUAUCCUACCUUAGAACUAGAAGCACAGCCAGUCUGACUAACCUAGAGCACCAGGUGUAUACUAGAGUUGAAAUAAAGACUCCAAAGCGCCGGCAGCCAUUCAUACCGUACGCUUUGAGGAAUCACACGGGCUGCACAUUGUGGUUCGCAACGUUAACUACAACUCCCACAAGGGCGGCGCUGUCACAUAGCGGGAGCCCAGAAGUGGUUUCUGGGGGUGACAGAGACUUCCUGGAUGACGCCCAUAAUGUCAGUCAGUGGAGAGAAGUGCCCCCAGGGGAGGAGAUACCCUUUGAAUUUGGGACAAGAGAAAAACUGAGACACAGACACACUCACGACUUACGGAUUCACCAGCUCCAGGUGCGGGUCAGUGGUUGGGAACAGGUCAGCCCGGUGUCUGUGGAUAAAGUCGGGAUAUUUUUCCGCUAUGCGGCGCCCGAUAAGAAUUCCUCCUCAUCAUCCGUUGGGAGCCCAAUAAGCAGAACCAACAUCAUUCAUCCUCAGGUCUAUUUCUCGGCGUUGCCCCCCGUGCGCGUUGUGUUUGCCGUCACUAUGGAGGGCAGCGCUCGUAAGGUGGUGACUGUCCGAUCGUCUCUGAUAGUAAAGAACAUGCUGGAGAUCCCGAUGGAGCUGCGACUGGACAGCCCCUCCGCCCCGGACAAGCCGGUGAUCCUUCCUGCUGUGAUGCCUGGAGAUUCAUUUGCAGUCCCUUUACAUCUCACGUCCUGGAGACUGCAGGCCCGCCCCCGAGGAAUGGGAGUGUUCUUCUGUAAAACGCCGAUACACUGGACUAAUGUGACAAAGAGCGGGGAAGUGUCGAGCAGCAGACGCGAGUGUCACUCCAUGGAUACAGAGAACAGCAGAUAUUUCAGGUUUUGCGUGGCUCUGAGGAAAGAGAACUAUCCGGAUUACAUGCCGUCCAACAUCUUCUCAGACAGCGCCAAACAGAUCUACAGACAGCCGGGUCACAGCGUCUUCCUGCUGCCCACCGUGGUCAUCUGCAACCUCCUGCCCUGUGAACUCAACUAUUAUGUCAGGGGGUCACAUCUUAAAGGAACCUUAAAAUCCGGGAAAGAGAUGGCGCUGCACACGGCGGACACCUCCCAGAACUUUGAGCUAGGAAUUGCUGUUGAAAAUUUUCCGCACUGUAAAGAGCUGCUGAUCCCUCCUGGAACUCAAAACUAUAUGGUCCGGAUGCGACUUUAUGACUCCAACAAGCGGCAGCUGAACCUCACCAUCCGUAUCGCAUGCCGGGCAGAGGGCUCCCUAAAGAUAUUCAUCUCCGCUCCUUAUUGGCUGAUUAAUAAAACAGGUUUACCAUUGAUUUUCAGACAGGACAACACCAAGACCGAUGCCGCUGGCCAGUUUGAAGAACAUGAACUUGCCCGUAGUCUGAGUCCUCUCUUAUUCUGUUACGCAGAUAAGGAGCUUCCAACCCUCUGCACAAUGAGAGUCGGUAAAGGCAUCCAUCCGGACGGGAUCCCAGGCUGGUGUCAGGCAUUUUCUUUGGAUGGAGGAAGUGGAGUCCGAGCACUAAAGGUCAUCCAGCAAGGAAACCGCCCGGGCCUGAUCUAUAACAUAGGUAUUGAUGUGAAGAAGGGUCGGGGAAGGUACAGAGAUACUUGUAUGGUGACCUUUGCUCCCCGAUAUCUAUUGAUCAAUAAAUCUGCUCAUAAACUCGCCUUUGCACAGAGAGAGUUUGCCAGAGGUCAAGGCACCAGCAAUCCUAUUGGCUACAUCUCCACUCUGCCCGGAUCAAGCGUCGUCUUCCAUUGGCCGAGGAAUGAUUAUGACCAGUUACUGUGCGUGCGGCUCAUGGACGUGUCCGACUGCAUCUGGUCCGGUGGCUUUGAGGUUAAUAAAAAUAACUCCUUCCAUAUCAAUAUGAGGGAUACGCUUGGUAAAUGUCACUUUCUGAGGGUGGAGAUCACGUUGCAGGGCGCCACGUACCGUAUCUCAUUCGGUAACACUGAUCAGCUGCCUCCGCCGUUUCGCGUGGAUAAUUUCUCAAAGGUGCCGGUCAUGUUCAUGCAGCAUGGCGUUGUGGAGCCGCGGCUGCGGACAGAGGUGAAGGCCUCCAGCUCUCUGAAUUACGCCUGGGAUGAGCCGAUUCUACCGUCAUAUAUCACACUGACUGUGAAGGGAGCCGGAUCCUCCGAGAUCGUCUGCAACAUGAAUGAUUUCCAGGACAGCAAGCAGCUCUACUACGAGAACUUCAUCUAUAUAGCUGCCAGCCACACGUUCACAGGCUUACAAGAGGGGAAUGUUCUUCCGGUCGCUCAGUCCAAGGACGUAAUCUGUGCUGAACUGGUCCUGGACGUCCAGCCCAAAACCCUGCGAGUGCUUCUAAAGAAGAAGGAGCCCGGUAAGAGAUCUCAGCUCUGGAGGAUGACGGGCAGCGGGAUGCUUUGCCAUGAAGGGUCUUCCCCACCUCAUAACCCAAGUAAACCGUCCACCGCCCGAUCCCUGGAGUCCUCCCUGGUUCUGGACAUCGCCGGAUUGGCUGCAGUCACAGAUAACCGGUAUGAACCGCUAAUGUUGAGGAAGCCGGAUCGGCGGCGCAGCACCACACAGACCUGGUGUUUCCGUGAUGGAAAGUUAAGCUGCAGUUUACCGGGGCUGGUGGUCCAGGCAAGGAACGGGGUUUCUGGAUUGUACGAUGGGGCAGAGGUGGUGCUGGGGCCCGAUGCCUCAUUAGAACAUAUGGGGUCUGUCCUCAGAGAGCAGCAGUUCAUUAACCAGAAGAUGAGGCCGGGGUCGGGAGUCUUGUCUGUCAGGGUGAUCCCCGAUGGGCCCACAAGAGUUCUACAGAUCACGGACUUCCAGCAGCGCAGAUCUGAGCGAGUCUCCAGUGAUCUGGAUGAUCUGGGAGCGGUGGAGAUGAAGAGGCUGCAGGGAGCGGAGCAGGAUCGGGAGCUGGAGGUGACGGUGAAGUUACAGGACGGGAUCGGGAUUUCUCUGAACAAUAAAGUCCCGGAGGAGCUGGUGUUCGCGAGCUUCAGCGGAAUAAACGUGCAAUACGUGCGCCAGGGGACCGGUCAGGUGAUGGAGCUUCACAUCCAGAGCAUUCAGGUCGAUAAUCAGCUGAUAGGGACCACCCAGCCGGCCAUGUUGUAUGUGACCCCCAAGAGCAUGGAGACCGAAGAGAUGGAGUCCGGUCCCGCUAUACAGGUCAACGCUAUGAAAGUGCCCAGCAAAAACACACUGACUGACCUCUACAAGCAUCUGCUGAUCACGGCGCAGAGAUUCACAGUCCAGAUCGAGGAGAAGUUAUUACUGAAGCUGAUCGGUUACUUCGGCCUCGGGAAAUCAGAAACAGGUAAAGAACGACACAGAUAA